AUGGAGGCCAGCGCAGUGGCUGCUGCCGAGCAGUGCAGCAACAGUGAUGCAGGUGACCUCAUCGGCAGCAGCGGCAGUCGCGGCAGCCGCGGCAGCAGCGGCAGCAGCGGCAGCAGCGGCAGCAGCGGCAGCAGCGGCAGCAGCGGCAGCAGCGGCAGCCAGCAGCAUGUGGGCCAGCUUCCCCGCCACGACAUCUGCCGCGCUUAUUGCCUGGUGGCGGAAGCCCCCGCCCCGCACCCCCCGCUGCUGGCUGCCUUGCGCCGAGCCCUGCGCCAGCGGCUGGGGCUGCUCAAGCCGGGGCAGCUUGCGGCGGUGCUGGUCGGGCUGGCGAGGCUGCAGCACAAAGACCUGCUGCUGAUGGAUGAGCUGGCAACAUGGGUCCACCACAAGGCAGCCAACUGUUUGCCUUCCGAGCUGUGUGACAUCAUGGCUGCCCUCGCCACCCUGCGCUACCGCAACCCCUGGCUGCUGGAGCAUCUCUCACGUGUCCUGGCCAGCCCCAGGCUCAACAACAUCCCGCGCAUGACAUCACAUCAGCUUGCGGCCGUGGUGGCUGCACUGGCAGAGCUGCGGUGGCCCUGCAGCUGGCUGUUGGAAGCGCUCGGCGAUGAGGCUGCAGCGCGCCUGCGGGCCAGCUCCGGAGGCGGCGGCAACAACGGCCGGGAUGACAGCGGCUCCGUCACCAGCAGCGGUGGUGCGUUGUCAGCGCGAGCCACACUGUCACACGAGGGGUGCUCGCCGGCCGAUACGGCCGCGCUGCGAAGCCAGUUGCGGCAGCAGCAACAUCAGAAGCAGAACCAGCAACAGCAGCAUCGGACAAGGCUGCGGCUGCGGUUGCGGCAGCAGCAGCAGAAGCAGCAGCAGCAGGGGCGGCAGCGGCAGCAGCAGCUGCGUCGGCGUCGACAGCGGCAACAGCCGGGGCUGACGCGGCUGCAUCAGCAAGCGGCGGCCCAGCACGCCGCCGCCAUCAACGAGCAGCAGCCGUGCACCGCCGCCGCCACGCAGUGGUGGCGGCCGCGGCCGCAGCGGCAGCAGCGGCGGCAGCAGCAGGAGCAGCAGCAGCAGCAGCAGGAGCAGCAGCAGCAGCAGCAGGAGCAGCAGCAGCAGCAGCAGCAGCAGCAGCAGCAGCAGCAGCAGCAGCAGCAGCAGCAAUAG